AUGGCAUCGGCAACAGGCUUCUACGACUUCAAGCCCCUGGACAAGCGCGGCCAGGAGGUCCCCCUCGCCGACUACAAGGGCAAGGUCGUCCUCGUCGUCAACACCGCCUCCAAGUGCGGCUUCACGCCCCAGUACGCCGGCCUCGAGAAGCUCUACAAGGACAUCAAGGAGAAGCACGGCGACGACUUUGUCAUCCUCGGCUUCCCCUGCAACCAGUUUGGCGGCCAGGAGCCCGGCUCCGACGACGACAUCCAGAACUUCUGCCAGGUCAACUACGGCGUCUCCUUCCCCAUCAUGCAGAAGACGGACGUCAACGGCGACAACGCGAACCCCCUCUUCCAGUGGCUCAAGGACGAGAAGCCCGGCAUCAUGGGCCUCAAGCGCAUCAAGUGGAACUUUGAAAAGUUCCUCAUCGGCCGCGACGGCCAGGUCAAGGGCCGCUGGGCCAGCACCACCAAGCCCGAGAGCUUGGAGAAGCCCAUCCUCGACGAGCUGGAGGCGAAAUAA